AUGUCGGCCUCGGCGUCGUCGCCGCCGGCGGGCGAGGAGAAUAAGCAGGAGGCGGCGCCCGUCAGGCACUGCAAGGGCGUCAACGACCUCGACAAGGUCGUGCUCCGCGAGGUCCGGGGCAGCUCCGCAGAGGUGUACUUGUAUGGUGGGCAUGUGACAUCAUGGAAAGAUGAGCAUGGAGAUGAGUUACUUUUUGUUAGCAAUAAGGCUAUUUUCAAGUCUCCAAAAGCUAUACGUGGAGGAAUACCAAUCUGCUUUCCACAGUUUUCCAACUUUGGGAAUCUGGAACAACAUGGAUUUGCAAGGAAUAGGACAUGGUGUGUUGAUAAUGAUCCUCCACCAUUUCCAGUGCCAACCUCCAAUACAGCUUAUGUGGACUUGAUCCUCAAACCUACUGAAGAGGAUUUGAAGAUCUGGCCUCAUAGUUUUGAGUACCGCCUGAGGGUUGCACUUAGUCCUGGUGGUGAUUUGAUGCUAACUUCACGUAUAAGAAACACUAAUGCAGAUGGGAAGUCAUUCUCUUUCACUUUUGCAUACCACACAUACUUCAAGAUUUCUGAUAUCAGUGAGGUGCGAGUAGAAGGUUUGGAAACUCUGGAUUACCUAGACAACUUACAAGAUAGAGCCCGUUUCACUGAACAAGGCGAUGCAAUUGUUUUUGAAUCCGAACUGGACAGAAUAUAUCUGGGCACACCGUCAAAAAUUGCCAUUAUUGAUCAUGAGAAGAAAAGAACAUUUGUUGUGAGGAAAGGAGGCCUUCCUGAUGCUGUUGUUUGGAACCCCUGGGAUAAAAAAGCAAAGGCUAUGUCAGAUUUUGGGGAUGAUGAAUAUAAACGAAUGGUAUGCGUGGAGGCGGCUGCUAUAGAAAAGCCUGUCACUCUAAAGCCUGGUGAGGAGUGGACUGGAAAGCUGGAACUUUCUGCUGUGCCAUCUAGUUAUUACAGUGGUCAGCUAGACCCUGACCGUGUGAUUCAGGAUUCUACUGUCCCGGAGGACUCAAUCAGCUAG